AUGAGCAUCUACAAGUCCUCAGGUCCUCUUAACGGGAUCAAAGUUGGAAACUCCAAUAACAGCUCCGAAGAUGGCUCCGAGCACAACCCCACCGGAAACGAUGCUGAGCAGGAAGUUCUUGAGGGAUGCAGACAUCCCUGGCUGAGCCGCCUCCGCCACCUCUGGCACCAGGGACGGAGUGAGGAUUGCGCGGACCUCGAAGCGACGGUUGGGUCCUGGGGAGGCGCGGAGCGGCGGUUUGCAGUCGCGGUGGUGGAGGAGGCCGGCGAGGGCAGAAACGUCAUUGCGAUCGCCGAUGUCGAUGCCAUCUUGAGAGAGAGGCCUCAUCCCCCCAAAUCCUCAACCUCACACCCCGGCCCCUCCCUCCCCCUCUACUCCCUCUCCCUCCAAGGCCAGGUCGCCGACAAUCUCCCGCCACCGGAGGCGACCGCGAAGCUCCUCCUCUCGACCUCGAUCUCAAAGCUCCGCCUCUACGGCGCCGACCCCGCCAUCCUAAUAUCCCUCGCCGGUACCAACAUCUCCGUCGUCAUCGGCGCCGCCAACGGAGACAUCCCCAACGUCGGCAACGAGGUUUUAGAAUCCAACGACCCCUCCCUCUCCUCCCAGCUCCUUCCCGCCAUGCAAAAUCUCCAAAAUGCCCUCCUCGUUUCGCUUCCGGUGAAAGUCUCCACCGUCAACACGAUGGCGGUGCUCGCGGCAUCGGAGCCGCCCUCCGCCGGCGCUUUCCACGCAGAGCUGCUCCCUUCUCUUCAAGGAAUCUUCGGAUUCCUUCAGAAAAACGGGUCGCCGUUCAUGAUAAACCUGUACCCGUACUUCGCCUACCGCGACGAUCCGAGGCCCGUACCCGUAUGGCCGUACAAAGGCGACCCCAAUGAGAACGGGGCGAGCGUCAACAACGCGAAGGUGUUCAAUGGGAACUUGGUGCAGCAUUUGCGGUCGAUGGUGGGGACUGCUGAUGCCGGGAAAUCGGUGGAUACUUACAUUUUCGCGCUUUACGACGAGGAUUUGAAGCCGGGGCCGGUGUCGGAGAGGUCGUUUGGGUUGUUUCAUCCUGAUCUUUCCAUGACUUCCGAUGUUGGGCUUAAGAAAUCUAGUAGCUCAGGCUCGAGUCAGUGGAAUAAGUGGAGAAAUGCUACGUCAAUCAGAGUUUGUUUCAGUUUCCUCCUACACACACUAGUGGAAAAAUGA